AUGGACAUCAACACUUCCUUCUCCCCUGGCCCCAUGGACUCAGUCUUCACAGUGCCAACCUUCACCCCCAUCAACAACGAGCUCGCCAUCGCAGAGAUCAAAAUCGAAGCCAACGAGACCGACACCAUGACCUCUCCCGCAGAGCAACCCUCCCCAGCAGCCACCACCCCUCGCAAGAGGACUCGCAAGAAGACGAACACUGACGCCAACGCUGACGCUGAUGCUGCUGAGUCGCCUACUAAGAAGGGCAAGGGCACGCCCAAGACCUCUCUCGGCCCUGUCCCGACGUCUCUAGCCUCGGCUGGCCUCGCGGACAAGAUGAUCCUCCGCAUGAGGGAUGGCGAGGGCCGCAGCUGGACUGAUAUCACCGCUGCAUGGACUACGAUGACGGGGAUCAAGGUCGAGGGCAGUACGCUGCGCAAGCGCUACACGGCCAUGAAGGCCAACUUUGUUUCGUUUAGUGCUGAGGAUGAGGCGCGGAUUCUCAAGGUUAAAAAGGAGGUUGAGGAUAAGUUUGAGCAGGAGAAGUGGCAGAAGAUUUCUGAGGGGGUGGAGGCGGAUGGUGGAGGCAAGUAUCCCGCGAUGGCGAUACAGAAGAAGAUCAAGGAGUUGAGUAAGAAGGGUCAAGCCGCCGCUUCUGUCGAGGAUGAGGAGUGA